UUCUCUGCAGAGUGCAUCCAACUCGCCCAGGAUACGCGCCCAGUGUCUGAUGCUGUGACCUAUCUGGUCGUAACCCUAAGGGUCUGCGUUGAAUACAUCCUCGAUAUCUCUACUCCGUCCAACCGAAUCGUCACACUCGUCGGCAAUGUAAAUGGCUAUCACGUUUAUAGUGCGUUAUCUUUGCGCGCGUCUCUCGCCGGAAGGCAUCGCGUCAGGUGCUCUCGUUGAAGUAAUGAAGAGGUGAAUCCUCAAUCCACAGUUCUGGGACCUACACGCGCGCACCGGUGCACGGACUAGCGUAUCAUAUCUAUGGUGCGUUUUUUAAAUAAGGUACGCACAGUGUCCGUAACUUCUAUGCCGUAUGACUGACAUCUUCUCAUCAUGCUUGGCAAGAAAUGAAUCCUGCUUCAGCGUUUGACACCCAAUUAAUCGUCCGUCAGUCACCGCGCGCGGGAGAACUUUGCAACUCUUGUGUGGAUACGCCGCCGCCGCACCGCCGCGCGCAGGAUCGUCAACUUUCCCCCAAAGCAACGAUAGCGUCCUUCCUAUGUCGUUUACAACCCUUCCAUGUCACCGUUUAGAGUCGUAUUAAGUGGACGAGAAUGUUUCAGAGAACGUAUCUGCUCAAACUCGGGGAAAACAUCGUCGGUAAGCGUUGAGGAGCGGAUUAAACUGCUGAUAAUAAAUGACUUUUAUUCUCCUCAGACUCGCGUCCUCAGGUGGACCGUGAAGAGCCAGAAGAGGAAUGUUUAUCCGAAAUUUGUUGCAGCUCAGUUUUGUUUUUUGGUCGUUUUUGUUAAGUCAUUGCUUUUUCUCAGUGUUUCUUCCGUUUUUGCAGUUUGCAAAGGGGGAGCUUCAUAAGUCAUGUUCCCGAACCACAGUUUCGCCGUCGGAAGGGAGCUGCCAGUUGCCAUGCCAGUGUAGGUCCUACCCACCGUUACCACCUCCACCCCCUCCUCCACCACCCCCAAGGCUCCUGGCUCCAACUGUGGCUCCCUCAACUGUAUCCCCUGUAACACCCUGGAGAAUAGAGAUGGAGAUCUUGGUACUAGGGACAGUAAGCUGUGCAUCUGUGGUCUUCCUUCUCCUGACUGUCAUUAUUUGCUACAAGGCUAUUAAGAGGAAACCGCUUCGUAAGGAGGAGAACGGCACAAGCCGAGGGGAGUACGCCAUGAGCUCACGGUGUAAACAGCAAGUAGUGGAAACCAAUAACACUGGAGUAUAGUGGCCAUGCCAAAGCAAGACCCGUACGAGAGAUGAUCUGUAUCCUAAAGCACCACCAUCUCUCUCUUUGGGUUUAUGAGAUGGAAUAAGGUAUGAAACUAUGAAUUUUAGGUACUGUAAACCACAUGGUUCCCCUUCUUGGGAUAUAAUACUGUUAAAAAAAGAAACUAAAUAAGUAAAUAGAUAAUGACUGAUGAGUGUACACAAGAAUAAGCAAAGUUUUAAGGAGACUUUAAGAUUCUGGCAAUUGGAUGAGUAUCACAAGACUGAACCUGGCAGGCCCCAGAGGCCCCUUCAGAGGACAAUAUACAACACCAACAACAAAAUAAACGCAUGCACUUUUUGUUGAAUGCAGUGGUGUUUUGAAGUUUCUGUCUUAAACGUUGUCUCUGCAAUGUCUCUCAUUAAACUUAAAGGUUCUCUCACAUCUGUGCAACUAUUUAACAGUUAAAAAAAUAAUGGCCUGUGUUUCGACGCAUAAUAUUAAAGAGUUCAAAUUGAUUGGUUCACCCUGCUUUUUUAUGAGCCAAAUAGAAAAGGCACAUUCUGCCUGCAGUUCCUUAUAUUGUGUUACUAUGCAAUUGGAAACGACAGAAUUCUUGGUUUGCAUGAUUUGUCAAUACAAAGGUGUAAUGCUAUAGCAUUAGCACUGCUUAAAGUUAGUAAUGGUUCUAGUCUGUUAAUUUUAAACAUAUAUUUUUAGGAGCCUAUCAUUUUUAACGCAUUAGACAUACAGUAUUUAAAGUUUAAAUGGUCAAUUUAAACUAAACUUUCAGUUUUUCUAUAGCACAAAAUAUUGGGAAAUAUUUUCUUGGAUUCCGUAAAGAUCAUACAUUAAAAUGGUCAGUCAUAUAAAGGCUUUACAUUUUGUGGACAAUUUAGUGUGUCCAGGGUUAAUAAUUUAAUCCAAUAAAAGUCUUGGUCUACUCCUGAAGUAAUUUAUUGGCAAUGGUACAUCAUUUUUAAAGCAUUUAUACUGUGAUGUCAUGUUGUUUGGUCAUUGCUUACAGAUACAAAAAAGACGUGAUGCAUAGCAUAACUUGAAAAACACAUUGUUUUAGAUUUAGCUCGUAAUAUCAUUCUUAAUCAGGCCCUCUCCAGGAUCUCAAAAGAGAACUGUAUUUCAAACAAGUAUGAUUUUAUUUUUGUAUCCUGAAAAAACCAAGCGCUAUAACUGCAAUUGUUCAUACAUAGUAACAUUGAGCAAUGAAUCUCAAGCUUUUUAACUAAUAAAAUAUAAAACCUUGUGUAACCAAACAUCCCCUUUUUUCGCAUUGUACGACUUCCACUGUAUAGUCACUGAACUGUUCAUCAAGCUUUAUGUAUUGAAGAUAUGUGUGUAUUAUACUGUACAAAGGUACUCAGAAUUGUAUUGCAUGAAUGUACAUAUCAAUAUUUGCCUUCUUGACAGUCUUAUCGUGUGUACAGCGUAAGAGAAAAUGUUUAUAGGUUAGGUAUAAGUUGAUGUGUUUGUCAGAACAUAAUAUGUGUUAUUGUUUGUCUGGAACAAGCCAUUAAUGUAUAUUUGAGUAAUCAGAGGUCGUUGCACAAUGUAUGCAUCACAUACCAAAAUGUACAACGAUAUAUUGUGCAUUGGAUUAAUUUAAUUGCAACUUGCUGACUUUUUUUAGUUUUAAAUAAAAAUGUGCUACUGAAUCAUA